AUGGAAGCUCUUGUCGCCGUCGGUCUUGCUGGGAAUGUUGUGCAGUUCGUGCAAUUCUCUGGCCAGCUCAUAUCUCUCGCCAAGGAGAUCAAGAAAAAGGGCGCUCCCUCGUCUCUGAUCGAUCUGCGCAAAGUCGCCCAGAACCUCACAGAACAAACUCGGGUAAUCGUGGAUCGGCUCACAGCGAAUACAGCCACACUUGAGCAGGAAGAGCAGCAUCUACUCGAUGCGGCCAUGGAUUGCGAAAGGGCUGGAGAAGAGUUCAUAUUAUACAUUGAUAAGCUUAUGGCGGCAUUAAAGCCAUCCUCGCGCCUAGGAAGUGCACAAUCUAGUGUAAAGAUAAAGUGGCAUCACAAUCAAAUUGAAGCGGAGACUGGCAGCCACCAAGAGGUCCUUGACCAUCUCAAAUCGAUAGAAGCAGGAAACGGCAAAUCUCAGCAAGAUGGGGAUGAACUGAUAAGAGCUUUGAGCCUCUUGCAUGGUCUCGUCCAGGAACAAUCGGGUCCGAAGCUGGACAUGUUGCAGGAACAGAUGGACUCAUGUAUGGAAGAAAUCCAGGAAAUCCGGUCCUCGGUCGCGGAGACCCGAGAGGGAAAAAUCCUCCGUUGGCUAGACUUCCGACAGAGAACAUGGCGGUUUGAAGAAGUCGUAGAAGCACAUCAAACAACGUUCGAUUGGAUCUUUCGAAAACCACGUACAAACACACCCUGGAAUGACUUCGGUGCUCAUCUCUCCGAGGCGGAGAUUCACAAGCCAUACUUCAUAAACGGUAAAGCAGGGAGCGGCAAAUCGACACUGAUGAAGUACAUCAUAUCGAACCAACAAACGAGAGUACGACUCCAGGAAUGGGCUGGCCAAAACAAGCUUCUCAGUCCGUACUUUUUCUUCUGGAAUGUUGGAAGCCAGUUACAGAAGAGCCAUACUGGCAUGCUCCGCUCUUUACUACACAGCAUACUCACCCACUAUCAUGAUCUCAUACCCGCUGUAUUUCCGACCUUAUAUGCCGAAGGGAUUCCCAUUAGCGAUUACGAGCAGCCUUCCUACGUCGAACUCAAGGGCGCCUUUGAGCGAUUGAAGAUUGAAUACGCACUCAAUGAUGGCCGAACUCCGAGUUGA